AUGGUGCAACCCUGGCUCUUGGUGGGUGAUUUCAACUCCAUUAUGAGCCCGUCGGAGAAAUUAGGGGGUGCCCCUUUUGAUGCAGCCAGGAUCAGGGAUUUCCAGGAGGUAGUCCAGGAUACCGAACUGAUCGACCUGGGAUUCGAAGGACCAGCUUACACUUGGUUCCGGACCGGACUCCGAGAGAGACUGGACAGGGGAAUGGCAAAUAAUGUUUGGGUGACAAAUUUUCCUGAGACAGUGGUGAGACGCCUGCCCCAUUGGUAUAACACCGCCCUCGUUUGCCACAGAUGGCGUUACUUUGCAUGUCAUCCUCGUCUAUGGCUCAGAGUAGACCGUUCUGUGAAAGAUAUUGAGACUGCUGUUUCUGCUGCUAGACCUGGAGAUACCAUUCUAAUUGCUGCAGGAGGGAGUCAUUUUGCCUCUAAUAUCCAGAUAGAUAAACCACUAUGCCUGAUUGGUGGAGGUGACAUCCCAGAUGAAACAACGGUUUUGUGCUCUAGAGGUUCGGACAGUGCGCUGGAGUGCAUUUCAUCUUGCAAAUUGAUGAACCUAACCGUCAGAACAGAGCUUGGUUGUUGCUUGCUUCAUGAAAGCGGAAGGCUGACCGUAGAUGGCUGCAUACUUCAAUGUGAAUCUAACCCUCUGGACUACCUAUUAAGGGGGUGCCAAGGAUGUACUCACAAAUGGAGACCUGGCUUCGCAACGUGUUCGGGUUAUUUUUACGCUCGUGCUUGUUUCUACUUCUUGUUCGAUUUAGACCGCCAAUGA